CAUUGCGUAGCUUCCCCGGUUCAAGAAGAUAAAAGAAUAAAACGAAUUCAAGAAAAAAACAACUUAGUUAGCUCUGCUGAAGUCAAAUAUUCAUUUAACACAGGGAUCGUACAAAACAAUCGACUUUUAUCAGGGUCCGACAAACCCAGGAGUGGUGCCCAGAAGAGGCGGAGCCAACUUCUAGGAGUUUUGUGGGAGUUUGCAGCAGAGUUUUGCUGGUCAGUCUCUGCGGCCCCCUCUCGCUCCCCCCUCCCCCCCCUCCGGCGCGCCCCUGUCAUGUCCGAUAACGGAGAGCUGGAGGACAAGCCCCCGGCCCCACCCGUCAGAAUGAGCAGUGCCAUCUUCAGCAGCGGCGGCAAGGACGCGCUGUCGGCCAAUCACAGCUCCAAGCCCCUGCCCUCCGUGCCUGAGGAGAGGAAGCCGCGAAACAAGAUCAUCUCCAUCUUCUCCGGAGCUGAGAAAGUGGGCCGGAAGAAGGACAAGGACAAAGAGCGUCCCGAAAUCUCACCCCCCUCGGACUUUGAGCACACCAUCCACGUCGGCUUCGAUGCCGUCACUGGAGAGUUCACAGGCAUGCCGGAGCAGUGGGCGCGGCUGCUGCAGACCUCCAACAUCACCAAGUCGGAGCAGAAGAAGAACCCGCAGGCCGUGCUGGACGUGCUCAAGUUCUACGACUCCACUGGCAACGGCAAGCAGAAAUACCUCAGCUUCUCCUCUUCAGACAAAGACACGCCGCUGCCUGCCAAGAAGGGCACUGAACCCUCACCGCCCAACGUCAAAGACAAUGACGACGAUGAGGACGACGAAGCCCCGCCGCCCAUCGUGGCACCCCGACCGGAACACACCAAAUCCGUGUACACCCGCUCGGUCGACCCCCUCGGCCCAUCAGCGGUCAGCCCGGACGGAGACGUCGCCUCCAAGGGCGCCGACAAACAGAAGAAGAAGGGCAAGAUGACCGACGAGGAGAUCAUGGAGAAAUUGAGGACCAUAGUCAGUAUUGGCGAUCCCAAGAAAAAGUACACGCGAUACGAGAAGAUUGGACAAGGGGCAUCAGGCACCGUGUACACAGCUAUCGAUGUUGCCACUGGACAGGAGGUGGCCAUCAAACAAAUCAACCUGCAGAAGCAGCCCAAGAAGGAGCUGAUCAUCAACGAGAUCCUGGUCAUGAAAGAGCUGAAGAACCCCAACAUCGUCAACUUCCUGGACAGCUUCCUGGUGGGGGAGGAGCUCUUCGUGGUGAUGGAGUACCUGGCCGGCGGGUCCUUGACAGAUGUAGUCACAGAAACCUGCAUGGACGAGGCUCAGAUCGCCGCUGUUUGCAGAGAGUGUCUGCAAGCUCUGGAGUUCCUGCACGCCAACCAGGUCAUCCACCGCGACAUCAAGAGCGACAACGUGCUGCUGGGGAUGGACGGGUCCGUCAAGCUGACCGAUUUUGGCUUCUGUGCCCAGAUCACCCCGGAGCAGAGUAAACGCAGCACCAUGGUGGGGACCCCCUAUUGGAUGGCCCCGGAGGUCGUGACCCGGAAGGCCUACGGGCCCAAGGUGGACAUCUGGUCCCUAGGCAUCAUGGCCAUCGAGAUGGUGGAGGGGGAGCCCCCCUACCUCAACGAGAACCCUCUGAGGGCAUUGUACCUUAUUGCCACCAAUGGCACCCCAGAGCUCCAGAACCCGGAGAAACUGUCGCCUAUUUUCCGGGACUUCCUGAACCGCUGUCUAGAGAUGGAUGUGGAGAAGAGGGGCGGGGGAAAGGAGCUGCUGCAGCACCCCUUCCUGAAGAUGGCAAAGCCCCUCUCCAGCCUGACGCCUCUCAUCCUCGCCGCAAAGGAGGCGAUGAAGAGCAACCGCUAGCUACACCCACUGCUGCUGAGCUGUGCCAACCCCCCCCCCCAACAACCUGUCGCCCUGCCCUGCAAAAGACGCCAAGCCAAUGACUGCUGGGCAGUGUCCCUGCAUACCCCAAGCCCACAAACAAAAGACUCCGCCCACCAAGGGAGGGGCUUCUCCGCUGGCCUUAUGAACUCUUGUAUUACCCAGCUGUCAGUCAGGCCUCAAGAACUCCGCCCCCCAAUGCUCCUACUGAUUGAGGGCCAAACUCCAAAACCUAUAAACAGUCAAACUGUUAGAACGAAUACGUAUUGUCCUUUUUUC